GUGGCUGGCCCGUCUCUGGAACGCCGUGGUUGUCCCCCGUGUGGAAGAGGCAGUUAUCUCCCGGGUAACAGCCAAAUACUCCACCUCCAGCUCCUCUGCAUCCUCUUCCUUACAGAGGCCGUCUCCUAGCAACUGUGGGCUGAGUGCCGGACAGCAGGCUGUGGUCAAAGCGGCCCUCAGCAUCCUGAUCAACAAGGCGGUUCUCCUGGGCUGCCCCCUCCCUCGACACGACAUGGACCGGUACCUGCUGGAGUUUCGGGGCAGCUCCUUCCCUCUGUCGGCUCUCGGGUUCCACAAGGGAAGCUAUGUUGGGGGAGGAAGAAGGGGGAGGGACGGCAGCAAGUUGAGGCGAUCCAACACUAGCCCUCGGAAGAAGGGAGGCCUCUCCGUGAACUGGAGUUGUGGCGGUUCCUUCAGAGAGGGUUCUCUGUCCAGCUCUGAUGUCAGCGUCAUGUCCAAUGGCCACAGAGAGCCUGCAGGUCUGCCAGUUUUCUCAGAUGAAACGGAUCUGAUCAGAGAGCUGCAGACCAUGUGCUCCAGCAGGUCAGAACCUGACAUCAGUAAUAUUUCUCAUUCUGAAGAUAACUUGUUCCUGUUUCCCAGUGCUCCCAGUGAGGAGCUACCUCAACUCAGGGUCAGCCAAGAACACUUAGUCCAGCAGCAGCAGACGAUCGCCGUCAGUCCGUCCGGCCGCGGCAACUCUCAGAGCUGUAACCGCUGUCCUGGCCCUCGUAGCAGGUCACAGCUUCCUGUUCCGAGCAGCAGGGGGCAGCAGACUCGACUCUGCAGCAACAGCCGAAUCCAGACGCCCUCCAGUCACAGCAGAACCACUGCCAACAGCAGCCGAACCAAGCAGGUCCCUCUGAGCAGCAGCAACAACAACUACCACAACAUGAACGACAGCAGCCGGUCUCACGAGGACAUCUGGAUCCUCCACAGAGACCUGCAUGAGAGCAACAGCAAUCAGUAGACUCCGCCCUCCUCCUCAUGAAAUUCCCUCCAUGAUGUAAAGACAUGAUGACCUUUGAUUUGUACUUGUAUGUUGUGUACUUGGGACCAUGGUUUCUUCUGUCUGAAUAAUGUGAUGACUCUGGGCUGAACUGACUGAAAACUGAAGGUAAAGCAGCAGCGUUUUCCUGUUGCCUUAAUUCCAGUGUUUCACCUGCAUUUCUGUGGGACAGUAUUCAGAUCCAGCCUCUGAAUUUACUGAAAAUAGUUGACAUGAAGUAUUUAACUGAUGGAAACUGCCCCCACAGCACUCCUGGCACAGUGGUUUUGUGAUCUAAAGGUAAAUUUUGUAUUUCUCUAGUAGAAAUGAGGCCACUGACCAGUGUUUCUGGAUCAAAGGAAGAAACAAUCAGACCUUUUGUUCUUUUUGCUAUUGAGUAUUUUGAGAUAUCGAAGUGUUUUAUCUGCAGUUAGUUGCAGUUGGUUUCAAUACUGUUGAAAUUAAUCAGGGUUCUACCAAAUAUAUUUGUACAUAAGAGUUAGUAGUUUAAAUGCUCUAUAGAUUGGUGUAUGUGGUCUAACGCUUGUACAGUGAGUCAACCUUAAAGCUAAACGGCUGAAGUCAAAAAAUAAAACAACCCUUGUAUAUAAGUGUUUGGUUCUGAACCCUCCACUUGUUUCAAAGUGAAUGGGAUUUGGCAAUAAGUCAUAGAAGUGUGUGAAUACAGGAUGUCCUCUGUCAGCUGUAAGCCAUAAAAAAGAUCUGAAACAUU